AUGCCGUCCUCUAUUGAGGAGUCACUCUUUCUGCGGCAAGGGUUGCCGUUGCAAGCCGCCCCCAACGUGUCGUGGCUCUCCGCAGCCCUUGUCCUUCCUCUCACGCUUGUCGCGUGGUAUACGAUCUCCUGGGUGUCGUCGCCUCUCCGGAAAUAUCCUGGGCCAUUCCUUGCAGGCUAUACCAAUUUCUGGCGCCUCGCCCAGGUGUAUUCCGGCAACUAUCAGGAGAGGAUCAAGAAGCUUCACGACAAAUAUGGCCCGGUUGUCCGUAUCGGGCCCAACUUGCUCGACCUCGACUAUCCGGAGCUCAUCAAGACCAUCUACAGCACAGAUGGCAAAUGGCUCAAGACCCAGUACUACGAGAACAACUCGGCCAUGGUCAACGGCAAGCAGACCUUCCACAUCUUCAGCACGACUGACCCCGCCGAGCACGCCCGCAUGAAACGCCCUGUGGCCAAGUAUUUCUCCCUUGCCCAUGUGCUCGCCCUCGAGAGCCACAUGGACUCGGUCAUCACCGACCUGCUGAAGCACAUUGACACCCGCUUCGUCAAGACCAAGAAGCCGUGUGACCUCGGCGAAUGGAUCGCCUUCUACGCCUGGGACCUGAUCAGCUCAGCCACCUUCUCCCGCCGCUUCGGCUACAUGGACGCCGGGCACGACUUCGACCAGACCAUCACCAUCGCCGACAAAGCGGCCGACUACUUCAGCAUGGUGGGCCAGAUCCCCUGGGCGGACUACCUCCUGGACAAGAACCCCAUCAAGCGGAUCGGCCCGCCCAACCUCGACAACAUCACGCGCAUCUCGCUCAACUCGCUCAUCACGCGCAUGCAGGGCAAAGACCCCAACUUCAACCCCGCCACCCCCGACUACCUGCAGCACUUCCUCGAGUCCAAGUCCACCCACCCCGACCUCGUCGACGACGGCAUCAUCAUGGGCUACCUCCUGGUCAACCUGCUCGCCGGCGCCGACACCACGGCCAUCACCAUCCGCGCCAUCUUCUACUUCUGCCUGCGCCACCCGGCCACCUUCCGCCGCCUAGCCGCCGAGGUGCGCGCCGCGGGCUUCGCCACGGACAAACCGGCGCCGUACGCCGCCGCGCGCCAGCUGCCGUACCUCGAGGCGGUGGUGCGCGAGGCCAUGCGCCUGCACCCGGCCGUCGGCAUGCCGCUGGAGCGGUGGGUGCCGGCGGGGGGGCUGACCCUGCCCGGUGGGGGCGGCUACGUGCCGAAGGGGGCCGGGGUGGGGAUGAACGCGUACGUGGUGGGGAGGAAUAAGGGGGUGUGGGGGCAGGAUGCGGAUGAGUUUCGGCCGGAGCGGUGGUUGAGGGCGGAAGGGGGAGUCCGAGGAGGGGUUUAA